ACUCACUUUCUCCCUCUCCCUCUCCCUCUCUUUAUUUUUUUACUAAUCUCUUGUCACAUGUGUUAGAGAGAUAAAGGGUGGCCACCCAAAUCCAAAAACAAGAACCCAGAAACCUAGAAGACAGAAAUAAAAACUAAAAAGCUUUACUGAGCCACCAAGCAACCAAUUACCAUAAAACUCAAAAACCCAUAAAAAAAACCAACACUCCAAGAAAAAUCCCACAAAGAUUCCCAUCUUUCAAUACCUACAAUGAGAAAGCCUAUGAUUUGAUCUUCCCAAUCUUUUCUUCCUCCCAAAGAUAAGAAAAACAGACCAAGCCACACAACCACCAAAAGAAUCCACACACAAAAUGGGUCUUUCAAUCUCAUUACUCUUCUUGAUGACUCUACUCUUUUCAGAUCUCAACGUCAUACAAUCAGCAACAACAGAAUACACAACCUUAAUCUACAAAGGAUGCGCGAAACAGCAGUUCUCAGAUCCGUCUGGUCUAUACUCGCAAGCUCUCUCUGCUAUGUUCGGCUCAUUGGUCACUCAGUCCACUAAAACAAGAUUCUACAAGACCACCACUGGCACGAGCCAAACCACAAUCACUGGUCUCUUUCAGUGCAGAGGAGAUUUAACCAACCACGACUGUUACAACUGCGUUAGCCGCCUUCCUGUCCUCUCCGACAAGCUCUGCGGCAAAACCAUUGCCUCGAGAGUUCAGCUCUCCGGGUGUUAUCUCCUCUAUGAAGUCGCUGGCUUUUCUCAAAUCUCAGGGAUGGAGAUGCUGUUCAAGACAUGUGGGAAGAACAACAUCGCCGGGACAGGGUUCGAGGAGAGGAGGGACACGGCGUUCGGGGUGAUGCAAAACGGCGUCGUUUCGGGGCACGGGUUCUACGCGACAACCUACGAGUCUGUCUACGUGUUAGGACAGUGCGAGGGCGAUGUCGGAGAUUCAGACUGCAGCGGGUGCGUUAAGAACGCGCUGGAGAAGGCUCAGGUGGAGUGUGGAAGCGCGAUCUCCGGUCAGAUUUAUCUUCAUAAGUGCUUUAUAGCUUAUAGCUAUUACCCGAAUGGUGUCCCUAGGAGAUCUUCUUCCUCUUCUUCGUCUUCCUCGUCUGGCUCUGGUGGCUCUUCGAGUUCAGAUCCUUCGUCUUCUACAGGAGCAACUGGGAAGACGGUGGCAAUAAUAGUGGGAGGAGCUGCUGGUGUUGGCUUUCUUGUCAUUUGCUUACUUUUUGCCAAAAACUUGAUGAAGAAGAAACAUGACGACUAUUGAAGAUUUGAGGAUGAAGAGAACAAACAAGAGUCUAAUCCCAUCAAAGAGAGGCACAAGUUUAUUUUUUUCUUUUUCUUUUUGAGGUGCUAUUAGAUUCCCUAGUCCAAACUUUUUUUAAUUUUAUGAAUAUUGUUGUUAUGUUUUAUUUUGUUUUUGUUAGUUCAGAUUCUUGGGAGGUAGGGUUUUGUGGUUGAUGCAAGGACCAUUUAAAUGUUCAAAAAUUACUUCCCCAAAAAAGUGUGAAGAAAAAGGGAUUUUGUUUAUUCUCAAUCAGUUACACCUAACUAUUUCAUCUGACCAGUUACAUUACCAUAAACUUAAUAGUGUACUAGUCUAUUUGAUUGAAACUUAUGAUAGAUAAAGUGGGUCCGAGCGUAUCAAGAAGCAUUUACAUUACAUCGAUUAGGUUUAUUCUGCAAAAACAUUCGAAUAUGCAAAAGAGAUAUUAUAAGGAUUUUGAGAAAA